ACAUAGUACGUGAAAAGACAACAAAACAACGGCAACGCUGUGACUGGUCGCCAUGGUUACGGAUAAACUCGUAUACUAGGGUACUAAACAGUAUUAUGAAAUAGUGAUAGGGCGGUAGGGGUAACGCUUGGUGGCGCACUUUUUGGACAUACUAUUUAGUAAGGUAGUAUGCGGAUUCUGGAAGUAGCCAUUAGGACCGUGUGCCUGCCGACAUUAGGCAGGAACAGAAGUGGCUUCAAACCUGGGGGAAGAAAAGAAAGGUUCACACUACAGAAAUGAUAUCAUAAGCAUUAAGGGGAAAGUAUCCCGAGCGUCCUGUAAGCAUUUCUCUAUACCCUGCAGCUGCACUGCCCUGGUGGGAGAGCAUGGAUCCUCCAGCUGAGACUGAUCGAACGACCUCUGACCUCCUGAACCAGGCAGAUCCGCGUGCUCAGGAUGUGCACACACACACUGAGAAAGCUGCACCUGCACACACAGGGUGUGGAGCAGUGCUGGUGCUGUGCGCGGUGUCCAUGGCCUCCCUCAGUGGUCUCAUGCUGGGCUAUGAGAUGGGUCUGAUCUCUGGAGUGCUGCUUCAGCUCAGGGAGGUACUGGCGCUCUCGUGCCCGCAGCAGGAACAAGCCGUGGGUGCCCUGCUGCUCGGAGCGUUCCUGCUCUCAGUGGCAGGUGGCACCAUUGUGGACCAUUAUGGACGCCGUUUCUCCAUCAUCCUCACGGCGGCGCUGUGCACUUGUGGCACGCUGCUGAGCGUCUGCGCUCCCUCCUUCUGGACGCUGGUGGUGGGCCGUGUGUUGGUGGGAAUGGCCGUGGCACUCUCGGGCACGGCGUCGUGUCUGUACAUAGCAGAGGUGGCGCCUGCUGCCUGGCGUGGGAGGUGCGUAUGUGUAUACGAGCUAAUGGUGGUCCUGGGUGUCCUGCUGGGAUUUGGGCUGAGUUGGGUGUUUGCAGGAAUGGUGGACGGCUGGAGGUUCACUUUGAGUGGCGUUCUGGUGCCUGCAUGCCUGCAGAUGGGCAUCAUGCCUGUGUUGCCCCAAAGCCCACGCUUUCUCCUGACCAGGCACAGACAGAAGGAGGCACGGAAAACUCUUGCCCGUUUACGAGGGACCAUCCCAGACGCAGUGGAGGAAGAGCUGAAGGUCGUCAUGGCAGCUCUGGACGCUGAGCAUCAGCAGGGUUUUUUGGAUCUAUUUCGCUCUCGUGCCAACAUGCGGAGGAGGAUGUUUGUGGGAAUGGCGCUGGUGUUUCUCCAGCAGGCUACAGGACAGCCCAACCUUCUAGCCUACGCCUCCACAGUGCUGCGCGGAGUGGGAUUCCACAGUAACGAGGCUGCUACACUCGCCUCCACUGGCCUCGGUGUGGUUAAACUGAUCGGUACAGUCCCAGCAAUUUUAUUGGUGGACCGGGUCGGGCCCAAAGCUUUCCUUUGCAUUGGUGCUGUUGUCAUGACCCUGUCGACAGCAGCUUUGGGUGGCGUAACACUACACAGCCAAACACAAGUGGCCAGCCUGUGCCAGAGCCCAGGCCAGCUAAAUCAAACCCCAGUGUGGAGGGGACAUGAUGCUAGCAUUAGGACAAACACACAUGCUGAUUUUUUGUCAGAACAGAAUAGCACUCAUCUUCGAAUAAACCCUUUUAAAUAUACUCAGGUACCCUGGAUUUUAAACUCCACAGAGGACCACAGAGCAGCAGUAACGAACUCAGAGACACCAGCAGAGGAGUCUUGGAAAGAGAGAUCUGAGAUUUCAUUAGAAUCUGUGUCAGUGAGUGAGGUGUCUCCUUCCCUGAAAUGGAUCUCUCUGGUCAGUUUGCUUAUCUAUGUGGCAGCUUUCUCCUUCAGCCUGGGACCAAUGGUCUAUGUGGUUUUGAGCGAGAUUUUUCCCACUGGGAUCAGAGGAAAAGCCGUGUCUGUGGUCUCUGCCUUCAACUGGGCCAUGAACCUGCUCAUAUCAAUGACCUUCCUCACACUCACAGAGAAGAUCGGCCUCCCCAGUGUGAUCUUCUCAUACACUGCUAUGAGCUUUGUGCUGCUCGUAUUUGUGAUCGUGUUCGUGCCGGAGACGAAGGGCCGAUCACUGGAGCAGAUCUCCAAAGAGCUCGCCAUGAAGAACCAUCUUGACAGCACACUGUUGUGCUACCGAUGGCAAAAGAAGCCCAAGACUGACCUGUCACAGGAAGAGAAAUCCCUGGCGGCAGUCUGAUCCCAAACCAACGGGAAAGAGGAUAAAGAAAGAGAAUGAAGAAGAGCUUGCUGAUCAGUGAUGGAAGGUUAUAUGACCUAAUUAAUAGAAAUUAGGAGGGAGAUUGAUGAUGAGGCUGAGCCUACCCUGAUACCCAAGAGAGAAAUUACGGUCAGUAAAAUGGCUGUUGAUGUGGUGUUCAACAGUAGCUGAUAGCAGCACACACAGACUGUCUGAAGUCUGAAAUGCAGCCAUUUAUUGUUUUUUUUUGUCUUAAUCCUUUUCUAAAUACAUGAUUUUGAAGAACACUUUUAACAUGAAUAGUUUUGGAUAGUCGUGGCCAUAUCUGUGAAGUCUUUAUGGGAAAAAAAAGAACAUUUUUGAUGUGAAAUUGUUUUAAAAAAUAAUCUGACUAGAUUGAUACAUUUGUCUCAUAAAAGACACAUUUGUCUCUUGAAUUAGUAUUUUGUAUGUGGGUAUGUUUGCUAAUUGUUAUACAUCAUAAGGGAUUCAUCCUACUGCGGUCUAGAACCUCCUCCAACAAACGCAGACUUUCUGACUUCCUUCAGCAGUUGGAGGUGAAAUAUUGUGUAAAAAAAUGGCAGUGAUAAUGUCAGUCUGUACUGUACUGUUAACUUAUUUGUUGUGAACAAACUCAUUCUUACAGACAACUUUAGGCAACGGCUAAAUAUCUUGUUAAUCUUCUAUUUGUUAUUUCAUUGUUGUGGGUACAUUAGUUAUUAACAAAUAUAUUUUUUUCUGUUAUAGUAGGCUUUCAUUUAAAAUUUGAUAAGGUACUGAAAAAAUCAAGUGAAAACAUCUUCAGUAUAGCCAAAAUUAUAAUGUUUCUCAUUAUACCACAGCAGUGUUCUCCAAUCUGAUUGAUCACAAGGUGUUGAUUAAUAUUCUAUAUUAUAUCAAUGUGCUCGCUCUAAUAUGUUAGUGUUUCUAUAGUAACAGCUCAUUCACAGGGGCUUGUACAGUGCACGCUCCUCAUAAACGGGUUUAAAAUAUUGAAUUUUGUGAAAUUUGCUGGGUGUUUUUUUUUUUUUUGUGAGAUUUUAUUUAGCAUUUUGGGAAGGAGUCUCCAGUGUCAGUGCUUUAUAACAGUUCUGGCAAGCUGCAUGUUUUGAAAGCAGAUGAGGCUGGCGAGGGAACAACUGUUAUAACGUAAGUGAUAACAGGUACUAACUUGUUUCGCAGACGUUCCACAACAUUAAAUGAAUAAAAAUGUUGUUAGUGUUGGGAGAUUGCUGUGGUAUAAGAAGAAUAACACACUUUGGGACAUGCUGCUGUAGGAAAAUAAUCAACUUCCGGGUGGAAACAGUAACUCUGGUUUGUGCCACACCACACUGUUGUUGAUGAUUUUUCUAUAACAGCAGACAUUGUGGUGUUUCAUUCCUUACUUAUGGGAUACGAUAAGACAAAUAUAAAAUUACUGUGCAUACAGUGGACAUAAAAAGUCUACACACCCCUGUUAAAAUUGCAGCUAUUUUAUUUUAUUAAAACAUCCCUUCUGUUUGUUUUUCACUUGACAUGACCUCAUGACCUUAAUUUUUUUUUUUUUACAUCACAAAUGCCUGCAAUUUUAACAGGGUUGUGUAGACUUUAUAUAUCCAGUGUAUUUUAAUGUUUUAAAGUUUUUACUAAUUUCUUGUUACAUUGGCAAAUAGUUUAGCUCAUUUCAUAAAUGUAUUUCUAUAUAACAGAAAAAGUACAUAUCAAUAGAAGAAUAUAAGCUUAAAAUGAGUAAAAAUGGCUAGAAAUAGGCUCAAUUCUCUUAUUUGUUUUAUUAUAAUCUUAUAAUGAGAAAUAUUUGAUACUUUCAAUGAUAUUUAAGAACUUUUCACUUUUUUGCAGUGGGUUUACUUUAUACAGAAUACAGAACAGAUAAUUAGAUAUUUAUGCUAGCUGUGCCACUACUGUAUUUACAUUGCACUUCUGAUUCAAGUGCAUACUACCUUAUGUCAUGAUUUGGAUUUAACUACAACUGUGAAAAUAAAGCUGUCUAACAAUC